CUCACCGUGACCGUACUCAACGGGCAGCAGACUUCCCUCAACUUCUAGAUACAGCUCAUAUUUGUGAGUCUCCGAGAAGCCUGGCGCAGUACCAGAGAGACCAGCACGAUGGCACCCUCCAAGCCUAUCGUCGAUUAUUCCCUGUACCUCGUCACCGGGCGAGAGCUUCUUCCAGCAGGAAAGGACUACUACGAGUCCCUCGAAGAAUCGCUCCAAGGAGGGGUGUCCCUCGUACAGAUUAGAGAGAAAAUCGCGGAGACAGGCGAGUUCCUCGAGAUCGCCCGCCGGUCCAAGGAGAUAUGCCACAAAUACAACGUUCCCAUCCUCAUCAACGACCGGAUUGACAUCGCGCUCGCCAUGGGCGCCGACGGUGUGCACAUCGGCCAGACCGACAUGCCCAUCGCUGUCGCGCGCUCCCUCCUCCCGGCCAAUGCCAUCAUCGGCAUGACGUGCAACACCCCCGAGCACGUACGGCAGGCAGUCAAGGACGGCGCGGACUACGUCGGUGUGGGCCCCGCAUGGACGACACAGACCAAGAAGAACCUGAACGCCAUCGUCGGCGUGAGAGGCCUGGGCGACAUGUUGCGCGAGUUGGACGGCACGGAGGUCAAGGCCGUUGCUAUUGGCGGGAUCAAGUCCACAAACGCCCUUCACUGUCUACACGGCUCGGUCUCCGUGACAGGGCACGCGCUCGACGGCCUCGCCAUUGUUAGCGACAUCGUAGGAUCGCCAGAACCGAAGCUCGCCGCGGGGAAGCUCGCGUCUGUCGUCCGUGCCUUCAAAGCGCACUCCCCCUCUUCCUUCUCAUUGCCCGGCGCGCAAUACGCACCCGAGUCCAUCAAAGCGCAAGUCGGAUCUCUCGUGUCUGCAGUGCGGAAGCACAGUCCCCUCGUACACCAGAUCACGAACACAGUCGUAACGAACCAGUCCGCGAACGCGACGCUCGCGCUCGGCGCGUCCCCGAUCAUGGCGAGCUCCGCGAAGGAGAUGGAGGACCUCAGCAAAGUCACCGGCGGGCUCCUCGUCAACUUCGGCACCAUCCAGGACCUCGACGGCAUGCUCGCCGCGGGCAGGUUCGCGAACGUCAACCGCAGGCCGAUCGUGUUCGACCCCGUCGGCGUGGGCGCGACGCGAUACCGCCAGACGUCUGCCGAUACGUUGUUGAACACUUGGCAAGCGACGGUCAUCAAAGGGAAUGCGGGAGAGCUUUCCGCGAUCGCAAAGUCCACUGAGGUACAGUCCAAGGGCGUCGACAGCAUCGGACAAGGUUUCGCAGACCCGGUCACCUUCGUCGCCCAGCUCGCACGCAAAGAACGCUGCAUCAUCGUCCUCACCGGUGUGCAAGACUACGUCUCUGACGGGUACACCGUCGUCCGGUGCUCGAACGGGCACAAGCUGCUCGGCGAUAUCACCGGCUCGGGGUGCAUGGUCGGGACGUCCGUCGCGACGUUCUGCGCCGCGGAGAGCUUGGAGGCCGCGACGGGCGGGAACCCGUCUGUCGCGCAUGACGGACUGUUGGUGAAGGGCGACAUGCUCGUGGCUGCGGUCGCAGGGGUUCUGGCGUUGACUGUGGCAUCCGAGUUCGCUGCGGCGAGGGAGGACGUGUUCGGAAGUGGCACCUUCUUGCCUGCGUUGAUCGACGAACUUGGCGCACUCACGCCGGAAAAAUUGUCGAAGGCAGCGAACGUCGAGGUGUUCCGUCCGGAACUGGCGUAGAAAUGAAGAGAGCAUUCAAAUUUGUUUUGUAUCCGUAACCCAUACACCACUGAGUCCUAGCCUAUCUUUGUUCGUAUCUAGACGUACAAGUAUAGCAUACAGCCCUACAACAUGACACAU